AUGGUCCAAGAACUGCAAAAGCAUCCUGAGCUCCACGGCGUGCUCGUCGCACUAAUCACGCCGUUCACCGACGACGGAAGCAAGAUCGACGAGGGCAGGCUGAAGGCACAUAUCGACCACAUCAUCGAUGCUGGCUGCCACGGUCUCGUCCCCGGUGGCUCGACAGGGGAGUUCGCUGCCAUGGAUAUCGACGAGCGAAAGCAAUUGGCCGCGUUGUGCGUCAAGUACGCCGCCGGUCGAGUGCCCGUUGUCGUGGGCGUAGGAAGCACCAAUGUGCGCGAAGUGCUGGAGCUCUCCGUCCACGCGGCCGAAUCUGGUGCAGGGGCGUUGAUGGUCGUGCCACCGUUCUACGACGCCCCCAAUUAUGAGCAGUUGCGGAAAUUCCUGUCCGAUGUUUCAAAUGCCUCCAACUUGCCCAUCGUCUACUAUCAUAUCCCCGCCGCGAGCGGCUCGGCGCUCACUCCUUCGCAGAUUGCCGGCUUGUCGGAAGUUGGUGUACAAUAUCUCAAGGACACAUCCAGGAAUGCACCGUCAUAUACGGAAGUGGUCUGCGCGCAUUCCGACAAGAUCACGGCCUUCAAUGGUUGGGACACCCUGACAUUCAACGGCUUAGCUUUGGGCGCUAAAGGAUGUGUCUGGGGUGCAUCCAAUAUCAUCCCGGAGCUAUCUUUCCAACUGUGGGAUGCUAUCAGUGUGAAGAAAGAUCUGGAACUCGGACGCAGUCUGUGGGAGAAGAUCUUCCCGAUCUGCCAUUUUCUCGAACAGCAUAAUUACUCGUCGGCUGUCAAGACUGCCAUGGAGAUACAGGGCUUCAAGACUGGUGGUGUGCGCGCGCCAUUCUCCCUGUUGAAGGACGAAGCUAGAGCCGAGCUUAGGACGAUCCUUGUUGCAGCUGGCCUACAGGUUGCCGAGGAAUAG